CGAAUAAGUAAAGCGAAAAUGUCUCGAGUCUCAUCUUUUCUCUCUUUUUCCUUAACACUUUUGAUCUUUCUCCAUGGCUACACAGCUCAACAGUUUCCAAACGAGUGCCAGUUAGACCAGCUCAAUGCACUCGAGCCGUCACACGUACUUAAGUCCGAGGCUGGUCGCAUCGAGGUAUGGGACCACCACGCUCCUCAGCUACGAUGCUCUGGUGUCUCCUUCGCACGUUACAUUAUCGAGCCUAAGGGGCUCUACUUGCCCUCUUUCGUUAACACUGCGAAGCUCUCCUUCGUGGCUAAAGGACAAGGACUUAUGGGGAGAGUGAUCCCUGGAUGUGCCGAGACAUACCAAGACUCACCAGUGAUGCAACAAGGCGGUGAUAUGCACCAGAAAGUGGAGCACAUAAGGUGCGGUGACACUAUUGCUACACCACCUGGUGCGGCCCAAUGGUUCUACAACGAGGGAAACCAACCACUUGUUAUCGUUUCUGUCUUUGAUUUAGCCAGCCACCAGAACCAGCUCGACCGCAACCCAAGGCCAUUUUACUUAGCCGGAAACAACCCACAAGGCCAAGUAUGGUUAAGAGGCCGAGAGCAUCAGCCACAAAGAAACAUCCUUAGUGGCUUCGCACCAGAGGUUCUUGCUCAAGCUUUCAAGAUCGAUGUUAGGACAGCACAACAACUUCAGAACCAGCAAGACAACCGUGGAAACAUUGUUCGAGUCCAAGGCCCUUUCGGUGUCGUUAGGCCACCUUUGAGAGGCCAGAGACCACAAGAGGAAGAAAGUAACGGUUUAGAAGAGACCAUAUGCAGCGCAAGGUGCACCGACAACCUCGAUGACCCGUCUAAUGCUGACGUGUACAAACCACACCUUGGUUACAUCAGCACUCUUAACAGUUUUGAUCUCCCAAUCCUUCGCUUCCUUCGUCUCUCGGCCCUCCGUGGAUCUAUCCGUCAAAACGCGAUGGUGCUUCCACAGUGGAAUGCAAACGCAAACGCGGUUCUCUACGUGACAGACGGGGAAGCCCAGGUGCAGGUGGUUAACGACAACGGUGAACGAGUGUUCGAUGGACAAGUCUCUCAAGGACAGCUAAUUGCCAUACCACAAGGUUUCUCAGUGGUGAAACGCGCAACAAGCGAGCAGUUCAGGUGGGUGGAGUUCAAAACAAACUCAAACGCACAAAUCAACACGCUUGCGGGACGAACCUCAGUCAUGAGAGGUUUACCAUUAGAGGUCAUAUCAAAUGGGUACCAAAUUUCACCGGAAGAAGCGAGGAAGGUCAAGUUCAACACGUUAGAGACUACUUUGACUCACAGUAGUGGCCCAGCUAGCUACGGAAGGCCAAGGAAGGCUGAGGCUUGAGUGGUUAAAAUGGAUGCGUUUUAACAGUGAGCCCCUAGUGUGAAAGGAAGAAAAAUAGUAGUAAAAUAAUAAGAAUAAUGUACGAAAAUGUUACUAGUUUUGUUGAGGUUUACCUGUAAAAUGUGACUCCUUUUCUGAAUAAAAUCACUCUUUU